AUGGGGCAACGCAAAUCGGGUGUCCCGGGCGCCGCGGCGCCGAUAUCGACGGAGGAGGAGCAGCUGAAGUUUCAAGACAGCAGAUUUCUGGCGACUUUAGUGCUCGGCAGAAGUAGAAGGAUCUCGCCAGACGUGCUGCCAUCGUGCUCGCCCGGCGUGUUUCGCCAGAAGUCAUUUCGCUCGUCCACGACGCCGCCAUCGAAGGUGCCGGCGGUAACAUCUUUGUCGCCAACCACCCGAAACAGCCGAGGCGCACCCGCUUCCGCGACCAACGAUCGCUGCGCUUCUCGCACAGCCGCCACCACCCCCACUGUCCCCGGCCCGACCGCCGCGGCCGUUUCGCCACGUGACGGCAGCUCGCGGACCGUCGUUAGCACCGCUUCGUUGUCGUCGUCGCGGGGCGCUCGAACAGCCAGCAAGCACGCGCGCCUCGGUACGGCACUGGCCAGCAAAAUGGCGACCGCGAGCACGUCCACGGUUGUGCAGGGCUGGCCGAAUACCAAGGAUGAUUACGAGCUCAAGGAGGUUAUCGGGGUUGGAGCGACAGCUGUAGUGCAUGCGGCGUUUUGCAUUCCGCGACAAGAGAAAUGCGCGAUCAAGCGAAUAAACUUGGAAAAAUGGAACACAAACAUGGACGAACUAUUGAAAGAGAUACAGGCGAUGUCUUCAUGCAACCACGAAAACGUCGUGACGUACUACACGUCGUUCGUGGUGAAGGAGGAGCUCUGGUUGGUUCUAAGACUGCUAGAAGGCGGAUCUCUGCUGGAUAUCAUCAAACAUAAAACCAGAACCACUAAUUGCAAGCAUGGAGUAUUCGAUGAGGCCACCAUAGCCACGGUACUUCGAGAAGUACUCAAGGGACUCGAAUAUUUUCACAGUAACGGACAAAUACAUAGGGACAUAAAAGCGGGUAAUAUCCUACUAGGCGAGGAUGGCACAGUGCAGAUCGCCGACUUUGGUGUCAGCGCGUGGCUCGCGACCGGACGUGAUUUGAGCCGGCAGAAGGUCCGGCACACCUUCGUUGGUACGCCUUGUUGGAUGGCGCCCGAGGUCAUGGAGCAGGACCAUGGCUACGAUUUUAAGGCCGAUAUAUGGUCACUUGGCAUCACGGCGAUCGAGAUGGCAAGCGGCACAGCGCCGUAUCACAAAUAUCCUCCGAUGAAGGUCUUGAUGCUGACGCUGCAAAACGAUCCGCCGACUCUGGAUACUGCUGCGGAUGACAAGGACCAAUACAAGGCGUACGGAAAAACAUUCCGAAAAAUGAUUGUAGACUGUUUACAAAAAGAUCCUACUAAGAGACCAACAGCCACUGAGUUGUUAAAACAUCCCUUUUUUAAAAAAGCCAAAGAUAAAAAAUAUCUGCAGCAGACGUUAGUGGCGAUUGGACCCAGUUUAGAAACACGUGUACAAAAGGCAUCAAAAAGACAACCUGGCACGUCAGGUCGUUUGCACCGAACGGUGACCGGAGAAUGGGUCUGGUCGGAAGAAGAGAACAACGGCGACUCGAGCAGUGACGAAGGCAAAGAAACGUUACCGGUCAACACAAUCGAAAAAGCUAGCAGCGACGAAGAAGCUGGCGAGCCUGACGAAUGCUAUGGUCAAAUUAGGGUAGCACCGAGUCAAAUGGCUUUGCCAGCGACCAGACAAAAUACACCUAUAAACUUGGUGCUUAGAUUACGAAAUGAAAAACGAGAGCUAAAUGAUAUUAGGUUUGAUUUUACUGUCGGAGUUGACUCUGCACAAGGUAUCGCAGCGGAAUUGGUUGCUGCGGGUUUGGUUGAUGGCAAGGACAUUGUAGUGAUAGAAACAAAUUUAAAAAAGUUGAUAGAGAGUGGAGGACAAUUGAGAACAGUGACGUUUUCCUUGAACACUGGUUAUGCGGUGAACGAAGUGCCAGAUGACAAGGCGUUAAUAGGAUUUGCUCAGAUCUCUAUCACUGAAUAAACAACCUCGAUUGCGUUUUGAACUCUCGAGAUAAUGUUCUUAAUUGAUACAUUCGCCAAGAUUCAGAGAGUAUUAAAAGCUAAUGAAUUGGCUAGAUGCUAUUUGUCAAACUAUUUCACAAUAAACUUUAGAUAGUAAAAAGAAAAU